GGAGAUACACAUCGGAUCCCAAAAUAACUGCCUGGAGAUACACAUCGGAUCCCGGAUACCUUGCUUAGCAUGCCACGUGGGUUCUUCAUCGGAACAUAUAAAUACCCCUCAAAGGCCAUGCCAAAAGGUCAAUCCAGAGUGCAGAUACGGACUGAAGAAGGACUUCUGGUCAGCCCGAGGUGGAAACUCGUCUCAGCCUUUGGACGAGGUCAGGUCCCCAGCAACCUUCCACCUCAUCCCUCACCCCCAAUCCCGAAUACAUUCCCUCAUGUUGACCAUACAGAAGGAAGGGAUGAAAAUCAGCCAUACAAUUUGGCUCGCAACUCAGCCUCCACCGCUAACCAAGACGUAGUUGCAACUCAACUUGCUGCCAUGCAACAGCAGUUUGGUGUCUUUCAGCUAGUGUUGGCUCAGCUGUUAGCCCGGAACAAUCCUAGUGAUCCACUCAUCAACCUACUUAAUCCUACCCCACCACAACCCCCAGCCCCACCACAAAAUCCUGAACCAGUUCAACAUGCUCCCGCUCGAGGUGCCCCACCUCCACACCCUGUUGCUGACUCUGUACCCCACCCUCUCAACAUCAAUAUUAUACUGGAACCCUAUCCCGCUGGCUUCAAAAUACCACAGCUUGAAACUUAUGAUGGGACGAAGGACCCCGAUGAUCAUCUACAUGCUUUCUACUCUUGCAUGCAAGCCCAGAACGCCUCUGAUGCGUUGAUGUGCAAAAUCUUUCCCUCUACCCUCCAAGGUAAUGCUCGAACCUGGUACUACAGUCUGCCUCCGAGGUCAAUCAACUCUUACACAAAAAUGGCAUCUGCUUUUGCCACAAAGUUUUCCAGUAGAAGGUUGAUCAAGAAAACCACUUCUGAGUUGAUGCGAGUUAAGCAGAGGGAUGGAGAGUCUUUGAAGAAUCUUAUGAGCAGAUUCAAUGAUGCAGUGCUGGAGGUUAACUCUUUCGACCAAGCUGUGGGAAUUACAACUGUGAUCUCAGGUCUUAGCCAUGAGAGAUUCAGAGACAGUCUGCUCAAACAUCCUGCCAACACCUUCAACGAGGUAAAUGAUAGAUCGUUGAAAUUCAUAACUGCUGAGGAAUAUGCCCUAUCGCAGAACCUAACUCCUAUUAAGAGCCAACACCCGGACUGGAGAGAUGAGAAUUCGAACAGGAAACAGAUGAAGACAACACAGAACCGAGGUCCGAUGUCGACUUCCACCCUAAGAUUCGGAAAGCCGAACUCCGCACCUCCGCAACAACCUGCAGGUAAAACUCCAGUUAAUUGGACUCCUUUUAAUUUACAGAGGUCACAAAUCUUUAUGCAGAUUAAGAAUAAGAUGAACUUAAGACGUCCGGGUCCAAUGAGAACUGCUGCUGCUACCAGAGACCAUAUUAGGUACUGUGAUUUUCAUCAAGAUCACGGUCAUACAACAGAGCAAUGCAAUAGUCUGAGGUCCGAGCUGGAAAGUCUGACGCAGAAAGGAAUGUUGAAUGAGUACAUCCAGAGAGUGGAACAGCCACGGUUUGUCAGAGAACAAGGGCCACAACAUCAAGGAGUUCGCAAUCCCCCAAACAGGCAAGGUGUGGGAUAUCAGCAGGCCCCACCACCACUCCCACCACCAGCUAGAGUCAUACACAUGAUUACGGGAGGUCUAGAAGCAGGUGGACUGAGCUCUAAGCAGCGAAAGUUGUAUGUCAGAGAGGUUAAGCACCAGAACCGAGCUCAGAAGCGAAAAUUUGACGAUGCUGAGUGGAAGAAUCAACUCAUCACUUUCACAUUUGCUGAUCUCGAAACAAUUGUCACACCUCACAAUGAUCCUCUCGUCACUUCCGUCACGAUCAAUAAUUGUGAGGUGCAGCGUGUCCUUGUUGACACAGGAAGUGCACCAGACAUCAUGUACUUCCAUUGUUUUGAGAGUCUUGGGUUAGAUCCAGCUCUGUUGCAGCGGUAUAAUGGUCCCAUCUAUGGGUUCAACAACCAACCGGUUCCAGUUGAAGGAGUCCUCACCAUGAAUGUUGCAUUUGAAAGUGGCCAAAGUUAUGUGACCCCUUCCGUGAGGUUUUUAGUAAUCAAGAUGGCGUCCUCUUUCAACGCUGUCAUUGGCCGACCUACACUGACUGAAAUCCAAGCCGUGGUUUCCCAGUCUCACCUCUGCAUGAAAUUCCCAACUCCUACGGGAAUAGCAACACUGCGAGGCAACCAGGAGGUGGCCCAACAUUAUUAUAUCACCUCGGUCACACAACCUCAGAAGGGCAAAGACCAGACACCCGAGGUCAAUCCCAAACGGAUUCCUGAUAAUCAGCAAGUUAUGGGUGUUGAGAUAGUAGAUAACCGACCAGAAGAUGAAACCAGAGCUGCUCCAGUCGAAGAUGUGGAGGAGGUACAGAUUGAUGACAGAGAUCCGAGCCGGAAAACGCAAAUUGGGACUAAACUGAACCCGGAGGAAAGAGCAGAGCUAAUAGCUUUUCUUCGGGCCAAUAAAGAUGUUUUUGCAUGGACUUCAGCAGAUAUGCCGGGAAUUCCCACUUCAGUUUUUCAACAUAAACUCAGCACCAAUCCCCUCAAGAGACCAAUAGCCCAAAAGCGACGCCUCUUCGAGGGGGAGAGGUUAAAGGUUAUUAAAGAAGAAGUCGAGAAACUCCUACAAGCCGACUUUAUCAGAAGGGUAGAUUACUGUGAGUGGGUCACCAAUCCGGUGCUGGUGAAAAAAGCAAACGGUAAAUGGCGGAUGUGCAUUGAUUACACUAACCUCAACGAUGCAUGUCCAAAGGACUGUUAUCCAAUGCCAAACAUUGAUAAGCUGGUUGAGGCAGCUUCGGGAAAUGAGAGAUUAAGUCUCUUGGAUGCAUACUCAGGCUACCACCAGGUCCCAAUGUCUCCUGAGGAUGAAGAAAAAACCUCGUUCUAUGCUGGCGAUGAGAUCUAUUGCUAUGUAAUUAUGCCCUUCGGCUUGAAGAAUGCAGUGGUAAAGAGUUUGAAAGCUGACGAUCACUUAACCGACCUUGAGGAGACAUUCAACAAUCUCAGACAGAAUAGAAUGAGAUUAAACCCAGCCAAAUGCAUCUUUGGCGUGGAGUCUGGAAAAUUCCUGGGUUUCAUGGUUUCCCGGAGAGGGAUUGAGGUCAAUCCAAAGAAGAUCAGAGCAAUUGCCGAGAUGGAACCGCCGAAGUCAGUGAAGGACAUACAGAGGUUGACUGGAAGGGUAGCAGCUCUUCAUUGGUUCAUAUCGAAGUCAGCAGAUAAGUGCCUAUCGUUUUUCAAGAUUAUGAGGUCAGCUGCCCAGAAGGACGAAUCAGAUGAAGCCAUUAGUACGGUUCUGGUAAGAGAAGAAGCCAAGCAGCAGAAACCAAUAUAUUAUAUCAGCAGUGUGCUGCAUGGAGCCGAGCUGAGGUAUCCUAUAGCUGAGAAAGCAGCCUUAGCAAUUGUCACUUCGACAAGAAAGUUGAGGCCAUAUUUCCAGUCGCACCCGAUCAUUAUUCUUAUAGACCAACCCCUUCGGCAGAUUCUGCAAAAGCCUGAGUGUUUUGGAAGAUUAAUUAAGUGGGCAGUAGAACUAGGGGAAUUUGAGAUAACAUUUCAGCAGAGAUCUGCAAUCCAAGCUCAGGCACCGGCAGAUUUUAUUGUAGAGUGCACUCCAGGUAAUUCCAUUCCUACUCCGGAGCUCAAUGACUGGACCUUAUAUGUUGAUGGGGCAUCUAGUAGCAAAGGUUCAGGAGCUGGUGCUCUCUUGAUCAGCCAAAUGGAUACCGAACUAGCAUUGGAAUUAAAACUCAGUGCAAUUCAAGUAUACAGUGACUCCCAGCUGGUGGUGAACCAAAUUAACUCAAUCUGCGAAGUUGUUGAUCCUGUGAUGGUGAAAUAUGUAGCUCUGGUGGCCGAGCUGAAGUGCAAAUUCCAGAAAUUCUGUCUGAGCAAAAUCCCCCGAACUGAGAAUGAACAGGUAGAUUCACUCUCUAAGUUUGCCUUUGAUAGUUCUUCACAUUCCAGGUCAGUUUUUGUGGAGGUCUUAGACGAACCAAGCUUCAUGAAGCCACGGGUGAUGGAGAUCAACACAGACCCAGGCUCACCGAGCUCGACUGACCCAAUCCUCUCCUUCUUACAAGACGAGAUAGUACCUAAGGACAGGCAGGAGGCAAUGAAGUUGAGGAAGAAAGCAUCUCGGUACACACUUGUUGGUGGGGUCCUCUAUAAGCGAUCUUUCUCUCUACCUCUUCUACGAUGCUUAAGCCCCUACGAAGCGGAGUAUGCACUUCGCGAAGUACAUGAAGGUGUCUGCGGAAGCCACGUAGGUGCUCGAACUUUGGCUCACAAAGUCCUUAGCUUAGACAGGCCUGCACAAGAGCUCACUACUCUAGUAGCACCAUGGCCAUUUGCUCAGUGGGGAUUGGAUCUUUUGGGUCCAUUCGUGAAAGGGGUUGGUGGUGUAACCCACCUGAUUGUUGGUGUAGAUUAUUUCACAAAAUGGGUUAAAGCUCGGCCAUUGUCCAGUCUUACUUCCAAGAAGGUCGAAGACUUUGUUUUCAGCUCAAUCAUCUGCAGAUAUGGGAUCCCAAAUCAGAUUGUGGCUGAUAAUGGAACUCAAUUUAACUACACCUCUUUUCGAGAUUUUUGUUCCAGCUACGAGAUCAAAUUGCAGUUCACCUCGGUUUACCAUCCGGAGUCCAAUGGCAUGGUCGAAUCUGUUAACAAAUGCAUCUUAGAAGGUUUAAAGCCGAGGUUGGAACAACACAAGGCCAAAUGGGCGGACGAGCUCAACAACGUCCUAUGGGCAUACAGAACCACGAGCCGAACUGCCACAAGUGAAACACCCUAUCAUCUGGCCUUUGGUACCGAAGCAGUCAUUCCUAUCGAGAUAGGAGUUCCAAGCUUCAGAGUCACCCAUUUCGAUGAAGGACGAAAUGGACAACUGCUUCGAGAGAACCUUGAUCUGCUUGAUGACGUCAGAGAAGAGGCACGACUUCGAACUCUAGCCUACAAGCAGAAAAUAGCAAACUUCUACAACAAACGAGUUCGACCCCGUACAUUCAAAGUAGGAGACCUUGUCCUCAGGAAAGCUGGUCUGAUGGGGUUCGAAACUUGAUUCUGCAAGUUGGCACCAAACUGGGAAGGCCCCUACACUAUUGCCGAAAUGCCGCACCCAGGUGCUUAUAUCCUACGAGACACUGAAGGUAAACGGGUUCCCAGAGUCUGGAAUAUCAAUAACUUGAAGAAGUUUUA